AUGGUCAUCGACGAGGUUGUGACUGUCUUUGACUCCAUGUUGAUGGCAACUGAGCAAGCCCUCCGUGACCUGCGAGGCGAGGCUGGCCUGUUUGGUAACAUCCACAUGAACUUUGUGAGCGACCCACUACAACUUCAGGACGCUCAUCCCGAGCGAUAUGGCGACUACAAAGACCUCGAGGUCGGACCUGUGUGGGACUGUCAAAUAUGGAAGCUUAUGCCGCUGAGGACUUACUUCUUGAAGUCCUUCAAUCGAGGAUCGGCUAUCACUGGUUGUAUCCGCCCAGGUCGUCGUGGACGUAGACCCCUACCAUACCCCGCCGAGGGUCCUGAUAUCCCGUUCACGGAGUUUCUUGCGGAAAUAAGAGGAAUGCAGUCCGGUACGAAGCUAUCCGAGUCGGCAAAAGCACUGGCAGUUGCUAUUCGGGACGUUGAGGGUGAGCACGAAGAAGAAUGGACAGCUGUUACUAUCUCUCGAGGAACCGCAAACAGAAUUAACAAACAACAUAUAGGUGCUAUACCUGGGACUCCGGUAACGUUCAACGCCGGGAUUAGCGACCAUAGACCACCGGCCGAAGACGAAGAUAUUGGUGUGAUUGGCAUUCCACUCGUCGUCAAGCUGAAGUUGGGAUGCCGAAUAGUAUUCACGAAGAACUGCCGAGGGGCAGCUCUGACAUGCCAUAAACUGCUGGGAUCGACGCUCAAGUACAUUGUUAUUGAUCUGUCGAAGGAUGACGAAUAUAAGAGCCCACACACAGUGCACAUCGAUAUUGAACGCAGGCUGCGCACAGAGCGGCUCACUAAAAAGCUCGUGUUCUCUCCAUCGGCUAAGAAGUUCGAUGAGUUCUGUCGCGAGCAUGACAGACUGAAGGUUCUGCACGAUCGACAGGUUUCAUCGAUGAAAUUCAUCAUGCUGAAGUCGGCCUUCUUCACCGAGUCCGAUCCAGGAAGGUUCUUCUAG